UUGUCGUGCCCUUCUGACAAAAUCUGGAGGUGUUGCCAAAUUUUCCAAUCUCAUUAUGGAAAUGAUAGUUUUGUUUAAUAAUUAACCAGUGGCCUCUUUCUUCUACUGUUUGACCCAGGACAUACAAGACAGUUGAAAACGGAUUACAUUCAGAGGCUGAAGUGAAUUUCUACAAAAAUAACACAAAAUAAUUACAGGGAGAAAGGCGACAUCUUCUCUGAGGACAGCAAAAGUAAGCUGAGCGUGAGGACUGGCGCUGAAGAGGUUAGAGACUUUGCUGUUUGACCUGCCCAAGAAAUCUGAAUGAAUGAGUGGAUGGGGUCAGAUAUAAAUGUGGAUGGGCACCUACAGAUGCCAGUAAAUGAAGCAUUUCCUUUGCCGGAAAAUUCCCAGUAUUUUGAUUUGUUAGCAGAACAAGGAAGUCCAAUUCUACAAGAUCCCGAUGGAUUGCCAUUCUCCAGCUAUCCCACCAUUCAGUACUCUCCGGCACAGCCACCCAUUUCGUCACCACCUUACUACUCCAGCCAUAAUUUUUAUCCUCAGUAUCCCGAUGACUGGUACCCUUCCUCUGCAAUACAUGAACUGAGAAAAGCAACUUGUGAAAACAGCUACGAGAAGGAGCUUGGAGAUGGCAUUUUUCCAGUUUUAAAAAGGUCACGACAGGGACUUCAUCCUGGAAGGACAAAAGGUGAAGAGCUGUGUGUCGUUUGUGGAGAUAAGGCCUCUGGAUACCAUUACAAUGCACUCACGUGCGAGGGAUGCAAAGGCUUUUUCAGGAGAAGCAUUACGAAGAAAGCAGUGUACUCCUGUAAGAAUGGCGGGAAUUGUGAAAUGGACAUGUACAUGCGAAGAAAGUGUCAAGAAUGCCGACUUCGGAAAUGUAAAGAAGUGGGAAUGCUUGCAGAAUGCUUACUUACAGAAAUACAGUGCAAAUCAAAAAGGCUCAGGAAAAACACAAAACAAUCUUUUGAAGAAAGAGAAGGUGAAUCUGAGGAGUUGGAAGGUGCAGAUACCAAGCAAGUCACAUCAACAACUAAGGUUUCUAAGGAGAAGGCUGAACUUAACCAGGAACAAGAAACUCUCCUCAGUUACAUUGUAGAAGCCUACAAUAAAUGUCGCAUUCCACAGGAUAUGGCAAAGAAAUUACUUCAAGAUCAAUUUAGUACUGAAGAAAAUUUUCUUUUGCUCACAGAAAUGGCUACAAGCCAAGUGCAAGUGCUAGUGGAAUUCACCAAAAAGUUGCCUGGAUUUCAAACCCUUGACCAUGAAGACCAAAUUGCUUUGAUUAAAGGUUCAGCCGUAGAAGCCAUGUUCCUUCGUUCAGCACAAAUAUUUAACCGGAAACUUCCCCAGGGUCACAAUGUGGUACUGGAAGAAAGAAUUCGGAAAAGUGGUAUAUCCGAUGACUACAUAACCCCAAUGUUUAAUUUUUACAAAACUGUUGGAGAAUUGCAGAUGACACAAGAAGAACAUGCUCUUCUUACUGCUAUCACUAUCUUGUCCCCAGAUCGUCCCUAUAUUAAGGAUUUAUAUGCAGUAGAAAAACUUCAAGAGCCAAUUCUCAACGUUCUUCAAAUAUUUUGCAAGAUUCAUCACAAUAAAGACCCCCAGCACUUUGCCAGGUUGCUGGGGCGGUUGACAGAGCUGAGGACUUUAAACCAUCACCAUGCAGAAAUGCUGUCAUCAUGGCGCAUGAAUGAUCAGAAAUUCACACCACUUCUCUGUGAAAUCUGGGAUAUGCAGUGAAAGUUUUCUGGCAGCACACAGACUCAAUGUGGAACUUAUUUUGUAUUAUGUCAUCACAUUCCAAGGAGAUCUAGCAGUACUUUUGGGGGUGGAAGUUUUACUGUGACACUUAUUACUAAUAUCAUAGGAAAAGAGGAAUGCUGCACUAAAGCUUGUUAUGCAGUAGCGAACAGUUGUUGGAUAAAUAUGACGGAGCAAAUAGGAUGCAGCAUCCAGUAUAGUACAAUUCAGUAUCUGUGCUCUGGAGAAUAAAUACACUCUUUCUGGAAGGGCAUUUUUUAUAUCCACAGCUCAGUGUGAUAAAUUAGUGCAAUAAAAUUAUGUAUGAAUUCAGAAAUAUAUUUUAGUAAAAUAUAUAAAUGCUAUAUACUAAAAUGUCAAUCUGCAUAUACUACAAAUAUGCUUUAAGGAAACCCAUCCAAAACAAUAAAGGCCAAAGCUAUCUUAUGCAAUA